UCCUCACUGCUGCAGCUGGUUCCCCGACCAAUAGCAGCGUGGAGGUUUUGAAGCAUGCUGGAAAAUUGACCAAUCGCGGCGUGGCCGUCUUUCGUGGCCGACCCACCAUAUUCCAGACAUAGCCAUACCUCCUUCGGGAGGUACAGCACCUUCAUCAUCAUCAACAUGGCUGCCGCGGACCAAGAAACCCACGCCAGCUCAGUCCGUCUUCGUUCCUACCAAGACGAGAGCUAUCUGCACGGGUUUCUUGGAGUUUUGGGUGACUUACAGAAGGAAGGGGAACUGCAGGAUGUCGUUCUUGAAGUCGAGGACCGGCGGUUUCCCUGCCAUCGGCUUGUUCUGUCCGCGGCCAGCCACUACUUCAGAACCAUGUUCACAAGCGACAUGGCGGAACGUCGCCAGAACACGGUCGUUUUACAGGGUUUGGAUGCAGACAUGUUUGAAGAGAUCCUGAGUUACAUCUACUCGGGAACCCUCCACGUGUCUCUGGACAGAGUGCAGCCCCUGUACCAGGCAGCCGACCUCCUGCAGAUGGACUAUGUGAGAGACACCUGCACCAGCUACAUGGCCAUGAACGUGGAGCUCUCCACCAGCUCAGUCCGUCUUCGUUCCUACCAAGACGAGAGCUAUCUGCGCGGGUUUCUUGGAGCUGUGGGCGACUUACAGAAGGAAGGGGCACUACAGGAUGUCGUCCUUGAAGUCGAGGACCGGCGGUUUCCCUGCCAUCGGCUUGUUCUGUCCGCGGCCAGCCACUACUUCAGAGCCAUGUUUACAAGCGACAUGGCGGAACGUCGCCAGAACACGGUUGUUUUACAGGGCUUGGAUGCAGACAUGUUUGAGGAGAUCCUGAGUUACAUCUACUCGGGAACCCUCCAUGUGUCUCUGGACAGAGUGCAGCCCCUGUACCAGGCAGCCGACCUCCUACAGAUGGACUAUGUGAGAGACACCUGCAGCAGCUACAUGGCCAUGAACGUGGAGGGCUCCACCUGUGUGGACCUGUACAAGUUUGCUGAUGUUUUCAUGGUGGAAGUUGUUCUGAAGGCUUGUCUGGAGUAUAUAUGUCAGCAUUUUGUGGAGGUUUCCUCCAGUGAGGAGUUCAGCAGCCUGAGUGUGGAUCAGCUGACUGAGAUCAUCAGCCAGGAUAAGCUGGAGGUUAAAGAGGAGACAAGAGUGUGGGAGGCUGUGGUGAGAUGGGUGCAGCACAGCAGGGAGGACAGACUGCAGCAUCUACCCAGCAUCCUCCCUCACAUCCGCUUCAACCUGCUGACCUCAGACGACACGGCAGCCAUCUUGGAACAUCCCCUGGUCAGGGAGGAUCCUGGGAGUUCUGAGGUCAUCAGGAAUGUGGUACACACCAACCAGAAGCCGAGGCUUGCAAUGACCACAGAAAUGGUUCUGUUGCGUCAUGAAGUGAAUGGUAAAAAGAUGCUGUGGAUGAACCCAGGAGAAGGGAAGUACAUCAGGUGUGACUAUGACCAACCAGUAUGUCCAUACAGGGGUGUGGUUACUUGUGAUAAUGAGAUCUAUGGCUUGGCUACAGAUCCAGACAGCAUCUAUCUGUGUAAAUACAACCAUGUUGAGAACAAGUGGGAACAAAAGUCUACUGUGUGCAAAGGAUGUGAAAAACCGGGACUUCGAUACCAGGAUAUAUCUAACCACCUGAUGGAAGUCGAUGGACAUCUUUUUUACCUUGAUGAAGGAGAGGUGGUAUUGAAGAAAUACAACCAGCAUAAGAAUGAGUGGCAAAACUGUUCAACACCUGAUAUUGGUGAUGAGUUUUACUCCCUCUUCGCAGUGUCCUGCAAUCAGCACAUCUACCUCUUCACCAAGUUAGAUUACUUAGAUGACGCAGACGUACCAGAAAUGCAUUGGUACGACCCAAGGGAAGACCGGUGGUCCAAGAAAUCCCUGUCAGUCUACAGUCCUAAAGUGGAACUAGACUUCGGUAUGGCAGUUGCCAUGGGAACAGAGAUCUUUUGGAUGGAUCCUGGCUACUCCAACAUGUUGGUGUAUGAUACAGAAGCAGACAGCUGGUCUGAACAUCCAGUCCCAAGCUUUCUGGAGACCCAUGGAGGGAAUAAUCCAGACAUAUUCUUUGUAGAUGGAUCUUUCUUUGUACUCGCAAACAAGCUGCAUGCAAUAGUCGAUUAUGAUUCCCCGAAAUGGGUCAAGCUAGAGCUAUUUCAAGAGCUUUUCGUGUAUGACAGGCCUGAAGGUGUUUGGAGAGAGUCUGAACUGCCUUUUGCGCGGCAGUGUUGCUACAAGUGUACAGACGUUGUGGCGCGGAUGUACCUACCAUAUCUGAACACCAGCCAUGCAGACACACAGGAUGCAGCAAACCCAGAGGGACCAAGUGGAGAAUAGUUUUGGUAGUGUACAACCCAUCUAGCCUGGUUACCAAACCUAUUAUAGCUCCAGAGUCCUACAGCCUCUCCGCAGAUAGCUGUAAGACUGGGGAGCUAUAAUAGGUUUGGUAACCAGGCUACAACCCAUCAGAGAAUGUGUUGGAACAUGCCAGAAUGUCAUGAGACUUUGAUGACUUGUCUGAGUUGAUUUUAUAAUUCAUUUCCAUGAAUUAGAGAAUAGGCAGUUGAGUUGAUGGUGGUGUAGACAUGCUGAAAAUGUAAAAGUCUGGUUAGUUACUAUGUUGGAGCAUGGCAGAAAAGACAACAUUUGUGGUUGAUAGCAGGAAUAUGUAAAGGCAGUGAGUUCCUAGAACUACCUAAAGAGUUGUGUUCUUAACUUCUUACAUAAACAAAAAUGUGAAGUUUUAUGUUAAAUGAUGUAAAGCAAGAUAGAGAGUGAGUGUGAUGUUGUAAUGGUUUACUUUGGAAUAGAUUUAGGGAGGGGGAACUGGGAAAAACAAUGUGGAUAGUUGAGACCUGAAAAUGGUAGAAUAAGGACUGCAGAAUGGCAGCAAUGACAUAUAAAUGGUGUAUAUUUUGUGCCUACCUUGAGUACUGUAGUUCUGUAGUGAGAACUGGAAGACGUUCGUAGUCUGUCUGAACUUGACAAAUGGAGAUUGACGGGUGGCUGUGAUGCCAGUGGGUACAAGUAAAUGUAGUAGGUCACACCUGUACAGUAGGGAGAAGUUAGAUACUAGUAAACAGAACUAAGGCCACACCAAUUUAAUUUGUUGGUUCUCGGAUUCACCUCUUCGUUUUUUUC